CACAUAAGAAUCCAACUGGCCAAUGGAAAGCGUAGAAGGCGCAAGAUGGGCAAGUCUGUAUGGUUUCCUUGGAUACCGAGGACGCGAUUUCUUUGGAGAGGGUGGAGUUUUGGAGUGAGACCCAGGAGGCCAUAUCCACAGAAAAAAAUAGGAAUUUAAAUAAGGAUCAAAACCAAGGGAAGUGAUAAGAAACUGCGCUUUUAAAGAAUUGUGAGAAAUGGGAGACAGUACCACAGACACAGAACAAGAAGAGGAAGAGGAGAAAGAGAAAGUUCAAGGAGACCCCAUUUACGCCGUGGCGCCCACAAUUAACAUCCAAGAUGAGCGGUUUGUUGACUUAUCCACAACUCCAGCCUUCAUUUGUUUGCACGAGUUACAUGCUUUGGGCAAACUUCCUGGAACUAGGAUGGCAGAGUUAAAAGCCAAGUACACCUUGCUGCAUGAUACAGUGAUGAGCACACAGGAGUCAGAGGUCCAGCUGCUCCAGGAUGCCAAACGUUUCACCGAACAAAUACAACAGCAGCAGUUUCACCUGCAGCAAGCUGAUGAUUUUCCAGAGGCAUUCACCACUGAGGUCUCCAAAAUGAGAGAACAACUUCUCAAGUAUCAAAAUGAAUACAAUGCAGUGAAGGAAAGAGAGUUCCAUAAUCAGUACAGAUUGAAAAGCUUAAUGGAAGAAAAAAGUCUCAUUCUAAAGGAAUUCGAGAAGAUACCUAAGCCAGGAGAAAUGGAGAAGAAGGUGAGAAUGUUGAGAGAAAGCACUGAAGAACUACGUAAGGAAGUAAUGCAGAAGAAAUUAGAAAUUAAAAAUUUACGGGAGGAUUUGACAUCGAAGCAAAAGCAAUCACUAAAGGAGCAGAAGGAACUAGAAGAACUGUUGGAAUAUCAGGUCACUUUAAAGGAUGAAGUGGUCCACCAUCAAGCCAUUCCUGUACAAAUUGGAAAAGAGAUAGAAAAGACAAUGCGCAAAAAAGUAGAAAUGGAAAAGAAAAAACUCACCCUAGAAUGCGAAUUCAAAGAGCUAAAUGACUCCCUAAAGAAAGUUGAAACCAAAAUUAACACUAUAAUGGAAGAGAAGGAGGAUGUAAUAAAGGAAGUUGAAGGCAAACGAGCCUUACUUGAGAUUAAAGAACGAGAAUAUAACCAAUUAGUCAAGCUACUGGAAUUAACCAGAGAGAAUGAAGCAGCUUCACUAACUGAAAGAGGGAUCUUGGAUCUCAAUUUACGAAACUGUCUCAUUGACAAGCAGAACUACCAUGAUGAACUUUCUCGUAAGCAAAGAGAAAAAGAACGAGAUUUUCGCAAUUUAAAAAAGAUGGAGCUACUCCUCAAAGUGUCCUGGGAUGCCCUCACUCAAACUCAAGCCAUGCAUCAAAGGCUUCUGUUGGAGAUUGAAGCUAUCCCUAAAGAUGAUUCUCUGUUAUCUGAGAGAAGGAGGGAACUCCACAAGGAAGUUGAAGUAGCCAAGAGGAAUUUGACCCAACAGAAAAUCCUAUCAGAAGCCGAGUCCAAGUUAGUAGAACAGCAACUUGCUGAAGAAAAUAAACUUUUAAAGGAGCAAGAAAACAUACGAGAGCUGGUGUUCAACCUGGUCCGUAUGACUCAAAUCAAAAUUGAUGAGAAGGAGCAAAAAUCCAAGGACUUCCUCAAAGCUCAGCAAAAAUAUACCAGCAUUGUUAAGGAGAUCAAAGCCAAGGACCUUGAAAUCAGGGUACACAGGAAGAAAAAACGAGAGAUUCAUCGCAGACUCAGAGAGUUUGCUAAACUGUAUGACACUAUUCGAAACGAAAGAAACAAAUUUAUUAACUUACUUCACAAAGCUCACCAGAAAGUCAAUGAAAUAAAAGAAAGGCAUAAAAUGUCAUUAAAUGAACUGGAAAUUUUAAGAAAUAGUGCAGUUACUCAAGAAAGAAAGCUACAAAAUUCUAUGCUGAAGCAUGCCAACAACAUUACCAUCAGAGAAAGCAUGCAAAACGAUGUGUGCAAAAUCGUAGCAAAACUUCAGGAAAUGAAAGAGAAGAAGGAAGCCCAGUUAAAUAACAUCGACAGACUUGCCAACAUGAUCACAACGAUUGAGGAGGAGAUGGUGCAGCUUCGCAAAAAAUACGAAAAAGCCGUGCAGCGUCGAAAUGAAAGCGGUGUUCAGCUGAUAGAGCGGGAAGAGGAAGUGUGCAUUUUUUAUGAAAAAAUAAAUAUCCAAGAGAAGAUGAAGCUAAAUGGAGAACUUGAAAUACAUGUCCUAGAGGAAAAGAUCCGAUUCCUGAAACUGAAGAUUGCCGAGAAGCAAAGGCAGAUUCACGUGACCCAGCAAUUACUGCCAGUCAAGAGGUCUCUGGAUGCUGAUUUAGCAGUGCUCCAGAUUCAGUUUUCACAGUGUACAGACAGAAUAAAAGACCUGGAGAAACAAUUUAUCAAUCCCGACAGUGAGAACAGAACACGCUUCCUUCCAGGGAAAGAUAUGACCGAAGAAGAAAUGAUUAAAAAAAUGGAUGCGCUGGAACUACAGCUGGCCAAGAAGGAGGAGAAGUUGCUGGAGAAGGAUUUCAUCUAUGAACAGGUGUCUCGGCUCACAGACAGGCUCUACAGCAAAACUCAGGCCUGCAAGCAGGACACACUGCUCUUGGCCAAGAAGAUGAACGGCUACCAGAAAAAAAUCAAAGAUGCUACCGAAAAAAUGAUGGCUCUUGUUGCUGAGCUGUCCAUGAAACAAGCUAUGGCCAUUGAACUCCAAAAGGAAGUCAAAGAGAAGGAAGACUUCAUCUUCACUUGCAAUUCCAGGAGAAAGGGUCUGCCCCUCAACAAAGAGAUUGAGAGAGAAUGGCUGAAAGUACUUCGAGAUGAAGAAAUGUACGCUUCGGCCAUUGCUGAAAAGUCUCGGGAGUUCCUGGAAGCAGAAAAUCGCCAGCUGCCCAAUGGUGUUUACACAACCGCAGAGCCGCGUCCAAAUGCCUACAUCCCAGAGGCAGAGGCCACUCUUCCUCUGCCAAAACCAUAUGGUGCUCUGGCUCCUUUUAAGCCCAGUGAACCUGGGGCCAAUAUGAGGCACAUAAGGAAACCUGUUAUAAAGCCAAUUGAAAUUUGAAUGUGUGAACCAGCCCAGGCUUCUCAAGGAGACACUUCAGCUGGGUUUCUUCCUAUCCUCGGCUGCAAAGUGUCCACAUUAAGAGCUCUGAAUUACAGAUAAACAUGGUAUCCACAAUCACCCCACACAAUUACCCAACAGAGAACAAUAUGCUUGCUUCCUUUCACACUCACCAAUUUCUGUCUUUUUCACUCUAUUGACUACCUUUCAGAAAUCUAGAGUAGAGUGGAUGCUAUAAAAAUGCAAUAAAAAUAAAUACCUUUUUAAUGAAGUACAGAAUUGGCAGAGUGGUCUUUAUUUGCUUUUUUAAAAAAAGAAAAUCCUGUUCAAUAUACCCACUUUAAACAGAAAGAAAGAAUAAUUGAAAGGAACAAUAUCCUGAGUAUCGCAAGGAUAUACCUCAUUUUGUUAAAUAAAAUAGUUGCAUUAGAAGUUGAUGUCAUAUACACACUACUGUAUAUAAGACAGACAAGUAACAAGGACUUACUGUAUAGCACAGGGUAACCUACUCAAUACUGUGUAAUAACUCAUAUGGGAAAAGAAUCUGAAAAAGAAUGGAUAUAUGUGUAUGUAUAACUGAUUCACUUUGCUGUACAUCUGAAACUUAACACGACUAAGUCAACUAUACUCCCAAUAAAAUUUAUUUUUUAAAAAAUUUUAAAAAAGAAGAUGUCAGUAAAUCUAGAUUGAGGAAUAUAAUCAAUAGGGAAGCCUGUCCUUUUUAAAAAGUAAUAUUACGGUGAUUCUUUUUACAAAUAAGAAUCUUUUUGUUCAAAAAUAAUCAGGCCUGAAUUUAUUUUUCUUAUAAAUAUAGAUUUUCCACAGUGUUACAUGCAAAUACCCUUAUGAUUGCUUUAAGUUUAGUUAGCAGAUGUUUCAAAAUUUCAAUGAAAUAUUUGUAACUUUGCAUGUAAAAAGUUGAAAAUUAGGCCAAUACCACUUAUUUCAUCACUAAUUUUACUGCUUUUCACCCAAGUAUGUUUUCCUAAUUCUGUUUAUUUUCUCACAUGAAAAGAUACAAGUAAGAUUUGAAAACUGUGAUUUCACAUUCAUUAAUAUACUCAAACAAUUGUUAUUUCGGAUUGUUAUCAGUUAUGAAUUUUAGUUCACAACUCUGAGUGUGAAAAAUAUCACAAUUGUUUAUUUUGCUAGACCAAACAAAAUCUGUUCCAAGCUCCCAUCCUGAUAGACUGGAGGGAAACUGAACCUCAUUCUCAGUCUGUGGGUCCUGAAUCUAAUCUGGCUGCUUUGUGAAGUCACUAGAAAGCCAUUCCUCAGGAGCGCCUAUGACCAGUAAUGCCACGAAUGCUGUGCAGUUAGUGCAAAGAAACACUGGGUACUUACACAUGGUUCCUGUGUUGUAAGGAUCAGUAAUAACAUUAGGGAUUCAGAAAUUAUACACAUAGGAAGCUUAACAAAAUAAAAAGGAAAAAUAAUUUUCAAAAAUCCAAAGAAAACAUUUUAAAUCAACUACAAUCAAACUUUAAAAAGUGAAAAAAGGGAGUUCCCAUCGUGGCACAGCAGAAACAAAUCCGACUAGGAACCACGGGGUUGCGGGUUCGAUCCCUAGGAUCGCUCAGUGCGUUAAGGAUCCGGUGUUGCUGUGGCUGUGGUGUAGGCCGGCAGCAACAGCUCCGAUUAGACCCCUAGCCUGGGAACCUCCACAUGCUGCAGGUAUGGCCCUAAAAAGACAACAGACCAAAAAAAAAAAAAAAGUGAAAAAAAAUCGCAAAGGAUGGGUGCUUAAAUAUUACAAGGCGUGCUACUUGGUCCAGGGGUGAAGCUGUCACCGUGUGCUGGAAUGGUGGGGAUCACAGUCAGAUGGAACUUUUGAUCUGACCCUUAAGAAGCAGUCAGAUUUUAAUAAGAGGAGGGGAUUCCACGUGGGGGUAAUAGCCUGAGCGAGGCUUGGAAGUAAGAAGCCAAAAAUUGUUUCAAGGCCGUGAGCUAGCCUGGCUGGAACAGAAUGUUUGUACUGGGGAAUCGCCUAAGGCUGAGAUUUGGGAGACCCUGAAUGUCAGGAGUUUGGAUUUUAUCUGUAAUACAAGGAAAGUUAUCAAAGGACUAUGAGCAGAGGAGUGGCAGGCUCAAAUGAGUGUUUAUCUCAAAUAUGCGUCAGAUGAAUUUGAUGUCAGAAAGUAACAGAAACAACCCAGGUGUGAAAAGUGAGGCGAAUGAAAACUAAUGAUCUUAUCAAAAGGAAACAGCACUGCCUUGAUGAUAUGACUCCAACAUUUUAAGCCUUGGUGACCAUGAAAUAUUUGGCCAAAAAGGGAAAUUCUGUAGAAAAGGAUAAUUUUUAGAAUGCAAUGAUUUUAGAAAAGUUGAAUGAUUAUCCUGGCUAGUGAGAAUUAUAAUCAUUAAAAUUUCACAAGUUCAUCAACGGAAACAGUAGGAAGAGAGAAAAGCAAAGGGUUAUGGGCUGACCUCAGGCAGCAACUGUACUGAUGGUCAGAAUGAAGCCACUGGAGAAGAAAAAGGGAAAAAACAAAGAAAAAUGGGAGAAAAGUGGGUGUCAUGGGGGCCUUUGGGGGAACAUGUUCAUGGACUCAUGAUUCUUGGCUAGAAUAAAAAGGCCAUGUUCAAAUAACAAAGGAGUCAGGCUAAAACUUUUAGUACUUUUUUAUGGCAAGAAUUACUAAAUCAAACUUUUAUAAAUAUAAAAAUAACUUUACAGUAUUAAAUACAGUUCCAUCUGAACCAUCAGAGAGACAAAUCCUAUUCUAGGUAUGUACAAAAUGCUACAUGUCACAAAUUAUUUGAUGCUGGAAUUAGCAGAUUUGACUUAGUCCAAAUUCAGGGUUUUUUUUUUUUAAGUAUCCUCUUUCCAAAUAGAGUUUACAUGCACCAUUUAAUUUUUCUGCUUGUUAUAUGCUAUUUUUCAGUGACACAUCUAAUUUUUGUUUUCCUCAGCACUGUUUCUACAUCUUUAAAGCAUAUUUCAUUUCAGAGUGUAACAGAAACUAGCUUUUGGUCUAUGAAAGCCCCAGGGAGAUAAGCCACUCCGAAGAGCAUCAUGUACGCCAAUGCCUGCCUCCUUGGACCAGCCGACACUCCUCGACACUUGACUGCUCAUCUGCUGUUCAAAACAAGGUGAAGCACAGUAGUCUAGUUCUGUCUGAACAAGUACCAAACUGAAAUUCAGGUUUUUUGUUUGUUUUGUUUUUUCAGGGUUGCAACCAUAGCAUAUGGAGGCUCCCAGGCUAGGGGUCCAAUCAGAGCUACAGCUGCCAGCCACAGCCACAGCACAGCCAUAGCAAUGCCAGAGCUGAGCCGUGUCUACCACGUACACCACAGCUCAUGGCAACGCCAGAUUCUUAACUCACUGAGCGAAGCCAGGGAUCAAACCCACAGCCUCAUGCUUCCUAGUCGAUUGGCUUCCACUGCCCCAUGACAGGAACUCCCCAGAUUGAAAUUCAGAUGGCUCAACAAUGUAUUCUGAUUUGGGUUACCAGUUUAAAACACUGCAAAAGGAUUCUCAGUGGAAAUGAGCAAGAUUAAAAUACUGGAAGCUGA